AUGGCAAGAUCACUGACUGAAAGUAUCGAUAUUGAUUUAUUUCAAUAUGAUUUCGGAAACAUUGAUCAAAAAUUUCUCCAAUCAGUUGUUUCGAUUAUCAGAUUGGCAAAAAAAGGCCACGAAAAACAAUUUUUAUUAAUGACCAAAGAAGCUACAUUUGCAUAUGGUGAACAAAUAUGCUUAUGGUUAUCGUUGGAACAUGAUAUGAGCAAACCACAACGGAUAUCUUGUCUUGAUGAUAUGAAAAUUGUUCAAGUAGAUUAUGGCCGUGAUUUUGUUGCCAUUCUCACUGAUGAUGGACGAGUGUAUCUUGCAAGUGAUGAUUCUAAAUGGAAGACGAAUAAAACAUUGCGAUUGAUUUCCAACGAUAAUCAUCGUUUCAAGAUGAUUGCUUGUGGAUGGUCGCAUUUAUUAAUGCUACGAAAAGAUGGUCAUGUUUUCGCUAUGGGUGUUAAUUAUUGGGGUCAAAUAACUGGUAAUAUAAAAUCAUCAUAUGAAAAUAUGAUCCACAUUGAUAACCUAGAAAAUGUCAAGCUCAUAGCUUGUGGAGCUGGUCAUAGUUUCUCAAUAACUAAUAAAGGAGAAAUUUAUUCCUGGGGCUUUAAUUGUUGUGGUCAAUUAGGUUUUGGUGGUAAAGAUGUCCGAGACACCCCAUGUUUUGUUGCAUUUCCUAAUGUUGAUUUAAUCGAUAUGCGAAUCAAAGUUAUUGUGGCUGGCCAAUUAUUUUCCUUUUUUUUAUUCGAAAAUGGUCAUGUUUGGGGAUGUGGUAUUAAUUUCAAUGGUGAACUUGGUCUUGGUGAUGAUAUUAGACGAUCAAAGUUAACGAAAAUACCGAUUGAAAACGUACAACAAAUUGCAUGUUCAAAAUUCGACAGCUUUUCAUUGGCAUAUGAUGGAUCAUCGUAUUAUGCAUGGGGAAAAACCAAAUAUGGCAAAUGGUCAUCACCUAGAAAAUUGGAUAAUUCACACUCAUCGUUUGCUUCUGCGUCGACAAUGAUUCUAUCAUCACCACUCACAUUUGGUCUCACAUCAACAAUCCAUCUAUUCGGAUCACAUGAUUCAAUAUCAUACAAAUGCAAAUCAAUCACUCAAUUAUUCGAUAAUCAAGAUAAUUAUGAUGUGGAAUUUAUAAUUGGCAAAAAGCGUAUUAAGGCAUACAAAUGUUAUCUCAAAUCUGCAUCGGAAUAUUAUCGACGAACGUUUUCCGGUAUUUGGAUUGAAAAAGACGAAGUAACCAUCGAGAAUUAUUCAUAUGAUACAUACUAUGCAUAUCUACGUAUGUUACACACUAGUAAAGUUCAUAUUAAUCGUCAAAACAUAACCGAACUUGUUGAUCUGGCCAAUUGUUAUGGUGAUAAAAGGUUGAUAGAAUAUUGUGAAACAUUCAUACAGAAUGAUUUGGAUGAACAAACUAUGCCCACAUAUCUUCCAUUAAUCAACAAAUACGAAAUGAAGGAAUUGCAUGCCAAACUUGCUCAUAUUAGCAUUUAAAAAAUAUUGCCCCAAAAUCGGUGA